AAUUUUUGCUAACUUCUUCUCUCCCUCAAUCUACUUUAUAAACCUAAAAAACCUUGAACUUUUUAACCCGGAAAAUCUGAAUUGCUUAUUUGUUCAUAGCACUAUUAACAUGACCGGGGCGGUAUCCGGGCCCAUCUCUCUUGAGGUUUUACUAUCCGAACCCAAAACAAGAGUGAAUUAUAAGAUUGCUUUAACAGCUCCCAACGGCUAGUUUUCGUUAUCAGAUCUCAGACGCUUUUUUUUCGAAAAAAAAAAUAUAUUUUUCUUUAUUCAGGUAGUUUGUUCAAAACCCACAAUCUAACGCUCUUCAUUCUUAAACUACUUUCCAGUUUCCUGCUACAUCCUCUUUCUUAAAUCCCCUAUUUUACUCGGUCGAUAAAUCAACGUUCCUCAAAAAAAUUUAAUCCUUUCCCAAUCCCACGUAUUUGUUGAAAAUAUGGAAGAGAAAUUUCAGCUGGUUUCAUCAACGGAAUUUGAAGAAGAAGAAUUUUAUGAGGAAAUCGAAGCUCCAAAGUUCGUCGAUUUUACACUCCCAGAUCAUUUUUGUCCUGAUGAUCGAUUUUGGUUCUGUUCUCGAGUUGGAUGUGAUCGAAGACAUGAAAAAGAAAUGGAUUCUGAAGCCAUUAACAAGAAUUUCGUGCUUCGGGUAAUGGCUGCUAGGAGUCCUAAUGUACUGUUUCAACGAGCAAUCACCCGAAAACCUCUAAGUGAUUAUAAGAAAUGCCCAGUUUCGGCCCCUCCGAAAUCUUCAAAAUCCAGGCUACCAAGGUUAGCAAUAGUAUCUUCUUCAAUCUCUAAGAAGCUCUUUCAUAAUGACAAAAAAGGCAAACAAAAACUCCCUGCUUCAACUCCUAAUGUUAGGGUGAAGCAUGUUGCAGCCAAGUAUAUGACUUCUCCUAGGAUGAAAAAGGGUAGUUCUCCUAAAGGUAAUGCCUUUCGAAGUGUUCGGAACGCGAAGAAAUCGAGCAUUUCAUUGCCUAAAAGUAAGGUGAUGGCAAAGGCUUUGGUGUUCAACUCACCAAAGAAAGCAGCUCUAGGGAAGAAGAAUACGUUAAUGUGUAAACAAUCCAAGGAUUGCACAAGUGAAAGAAAGAAGUUGAGUACCCCUAUAACUAAGCUGUGUGAAGGGGUUAAAAACUUGCAGAUAAAUACACAAAAAAAGGGGGUGAUUCAAAAGAAGCUGCCUUUCGAUGGCUCGAGAGAAAAACCAAGUUCCUACAUGGCACAAACGCGAGAGAAUGAAGCCAAAUCUUCUAGAAGUGUAAAGAGUAAAACCAAAUUGAAUCACAAGAAGCUUUAUGAUAAGCUCUCGGAUGACUCGAGUGAUAUGGAAAUAGAUGAGAAGUCAAGGCCUGGAGAAACUUCAUCUUCGGAGAGGCCUACGACAGGUUGUGAAACUUUUGUGGUACUGUCUGCAAUUUCUCAGAAGAGUGAAAUCGAUUCAGGUCUAGAUUCUGACAGCAAGAUUUCAGUAGAAGAGAAUUUCAUGGCGAUUCCAGAAUCAAAUGAGGCAGAACAACACAAAGACGUGAUUGAAGAUGAUGUAAAAAAUCAGAAUCCAGAUAGUGAAAUGAAUUCAGGUUCGGAACCUGUCAGUAAAGUUUCGGCAGAAGAGAAUACUACGGUAAUCCAAGAACUUUAUGCGGAUGAAAAGGAAAACGGCAAUACCAUUGCUGCAGUCCUUAAAAAUAAGAAUUCAAGAAAACGUGAACAAAAGGACAACGAUGAGAAAGAAAAUGUUCGGAACACAGAUAAUAUCAGGAAUUUGAAUAGUAACAGCAAGAAUCGUACACCUAUGGAACCUAAGGUCAAUACAAAGCAAUUUCAACAAAAACAGGACAAGAUUUUGAAAGAAAACUGUCCAGCAAGAAGUGGUACACAAACAUUGAAGAAUAGGAAACUCAAGCCGACGAAUCCUAAACCUUUCAGGCUGCGCACUGAUGUGAGUACAAUCUUUAGACUUUACCCAACUUACGAGAGCUCGCUUCUUUUGAUGGUUCAAAAUCUCAUUGGAAUCGCUUUGAUUCAGGAAAGAGGAGUUUUAAAAGAGGCAACUCUAGAGAGAAAAGCUACUUAUUUCGAAAACUCAUCUCAUACAAGCGAAAAUUCACAGGGCACGGGAAAUGGGGUAAGCGAGAACAAAACAAAGGGAAGCAAGAAAGAUGAGAGCACAGGGUUCAAAAAGGAACAACCUGCAUUUGCAAGACCAAUACGAAGCAGAUACAAGACCUUAAAAGAAGUAGAACCGAAAUCAGAGAAGAGUUCUGGGAAAACCAAAUCUUCUAUCUUGCAGAAGAAAUUAAAAGUGCCUACGAGGGAAAUUGUAUCUGGUGAAAAACCUCGGGGACUUGAGGUAACGGAGAAAACUGAAGCAACUGUAUCAAAACGAAAGAAACCCAGGAAACAAGGAAAAGAUACUGUUGAUUCAGCAAACAAAGCUUCAGUAGCUCCGAAAUCAGCAGCACAGGGAAAAACUGUAACUACCUCGAGAGAGCCAAGAUUUCACAGUUUGCAUAAACCCAAAAGCUGCACAGCUAAUAAACCUUACGGAUAUGAAGUUUUUUGAGUGUAUAGAUACAGUUUUGGUUCUUCAAUUAUUUGAUUCUUUCCUUUUAUUUUUUGGUAAUUUGGUUCAAUUAUUUCAUUGAAUAUCUUUUUGUCGAUAAGAUUUCAGUGAAUGUAUCUUCAUUGUGUUAAGUGUGUUCGGUUGUGCUUGAUUAAGUAAGCAUUUUAUUUUA